UUGAGGGGCGCUCGCGCUCAUUACCGCUCUGCAAGCCGGCUCUGCGCACACGCGUUCACUCGUUCCCAACCCGCGGACAACGGCCACAACCAACGCACAGCCUACGACAUAUUGCCUCUCAUCUCUCGAUACAACAUGGAGAACCUAACGAAGUCGUGUGUUUGGCUCUUCGCUGCGGCGAUUUUAGCCGUUUGCGGUGUCAGUGCCGGCGUCGGUAAACGACCGUUCACACCGACCGACUCGAUACUGGAUAUCAUCGAUACGGAGCAAGUAGCUAAGAUGUUAGCAGCACGGAAACGAACAGAGGACACUGGUUCGUCUACUUCCUACGUUCAGAGAAAUGAACUCGGCGAAGGUAGCUCUGAAACUCUCGUCGUUUCCGUGCCAGAACAAGAUGAAGCAACAGAAAUACCAAAGGGCGUCGCAUUUAGAAAUAUAUUGAAGUCGUCAAAGAAUGCCUUGGUUGUAACGAAGAAGGAAUAUCUUAAGGAAGAUUGGUGUAAAACUGAACAGUUGGUGCAAAAAAUUCGUGAGCCGGGGUGUUUGCAAGCGACAGUGUUAAACAAUUUCUGUUAUGGACAGUGCAAUUCGUUUUACAUUCCGAAAAAUCCCCGACGGCGGGAGGGUAAUGACGAGCGUCCGCCACCUGCGUUUAAAUCAUGUUCUUUUUGUAAGCCGAAAAAGUUUACUUGGAUUACAGUGACGCUCCGCUGUCCCGGCCAAAACCCUCCGUUCAAACGGAAACGUUUACAAAAGAUUAAGCAGUGUAAGUGUUUACCCGUCGGCGUAAACUGAUACAGCUUCGCGACAGACCCGUGUCUGUUUCGGGGCUUCCAUCUACUGCAAACAAGGCCUGGAUGCCACGCAUGUCAAGGCUGUCGUAAGAAUGGAGCGAGAAAUGCAACAAUCAAGGAUGUAAUGUCCGCUAUAAUGGUACCUGAUGUUUUGGUAAAUAAUUAUAACCCGCUAAACAGAACGAUGAAUAUUCCAAGCGCGCGCUCACAUACGUCAACAGAGAUGACGUCAGGAUUUUGUGAUGCAUUAGUUUUGUAAUAGAGUGAUUGCAAGUCGCUAAGCAAAGCUUUAAUUGUAUGUUGUGGUACGUAUUAAUUGGACAGUACUUGGUACCUUGUGACUGGUGACCUUGGGUACAUAAUGAUAUUGAUGUAAUCGCGACGGGGAAUCAGUUUUAACUGUCGUAAUUCGGUAAAGUACACUGUAGAUUUAAAAUGAUUUUAUUUUCUGAUGUGAUACUAGAUAUAGUUUUAUUGUGAUUAACCCUUAAUCAAGUACUUAGGUUUAAUCCGUAUAAAUUUUAGAUGAAAUUACGCUUAUAUUAAUUAUCGUGUGUUUUCGUUUUGAAUGCGACUGAAAGGGGAACAGGUUUUUUUUAAGAAUAAUAAUGUACUUAAUAAUUUGACAAUACUUGUUUUCGAUACGCUCAAUAGAGAGUAUUCUUUUAAAUCCUACUAUGGUUUCGCAUUCGAAAAAAGUGAUAUAAAAUCAUUUAAAUGUUAUAUUAUAACUAAAAUCAUAUACGCGGUGAUGUAGUUUUUGAUUUGAAAGAAAUAGGUAGGUAUAGAUUUACGGCCGUUUUCAAUAACCUAUCUAUCCUUAGUUUAACUUACUAUAACGUAGACAAAUCUAUCCUUUAACGCUUACUUACAUUCCAAUAACCUAUUGACAGAUAGCAUUGGACUAUAACUAUAUUGACAUAACUAUGGAUAGAUAAGGUCUUGUCAUUAAACGGUGACAGCAAUGUAUCCGUUAGUUGAACUAAGGGUAGAUAGGUUAUUGAAAACAGCCGUAAAUACUUUAAUUUGACAGUGAUAAUUUACCACAUCGGUCUUUUAUUAUUGCCCGAAAGAUCGGCUUGUGGUAUAUAAUAUUAUUGAACCUAUCUUAAAUUUAUUCCGCUUUGGUAUCAAUUGGAAUAAAUAUAAACGUAUUUUAUAAUAAAUACUUAUAUAUUCAUUUGGAUUGUACCAAUCAUGUACAUUUUUAAUAAUAUAAAGAAACAUAUGUACAAUCCAGUCUGGUAUUUCUUUGAUAGUACGCUAAGUUAUGCUUAAACAAUUUGGACAAUCAUAUUAAAGGUAACUGUCUAUUUCAGCUGAUUAUGAUCAACUAGCCACGAUUCUACUUAAAAGCUUAUACAUAAUUCAAUAGAAGUUGAAUCGUAUUAUAUUUUAAAUAUUCGUAGUAAACUUUAUCUGCAGUUUUAGGAGAAAAAAGUAGAAACAGACCCAAAUAGGAAGCGAUCGUCACCAUUACGUUUCUUAGGUCAUUUAUACGUAGAUAGACUGUGACAGCUGUGAAAACGUCAAAAAAAAUGGAUGUUGACUGUUAACCUCUAUUUAUUUAGAGCAAUUCACGCACACUCACACAAAGUGUCAUACAAAUCGCGAGUGUAAGACGUAGCUUGUUACGCACACUAAAGUAAUAAACCUGACUGUUUUUAUCAGUUGUCUAGCAAUAAAAGGCUCUAGCUAGACGUAUUAAUUAUCUGUGUUAAGUUUUAUGAAUGAAAAUUAUUUUAUAUUUAUUAUGUAUCCUAUCGCGAUUUGACCGAAAAAUAUCCCUCAAAAAUUACUGGCACACAACUUUAUUGUAAAAGGAUGAUUCUGAGAACUCAUGUAUUAGAAAUAGCUAAUACUUUUUUGUAACAAUAAUUUAAAGGUAUCUUUGCGUUCUUGUAUUUUAAUUUUUUUAGAUAUGUAACAUGCACAUAUUAUGUAUUUUCAUUAGCAUACUCUAUCGGCCGAAUAUACCUUUACGUAAGUCCGUUGAUAACUGAUAUGAUACAAAAAAUUAAUAUGUAAAUCAGUGUCUUCAAAUUUGAAUUCGAAAUUACACAUUGUCAUAUUUGUUAAUUACGUUUUUCUAAUCUAUUUUACCAGUGGGAGGCUCCUUUGCACAGGAUGCCGGCUAGUUUAUGGGUACAAUCUCAGCGCCUAUUUCUGCCGUGAAGUAGUAAUGUGUAAGCAUUACUGUGUUUCGGUCUGAAGGGUGCCGUAGCUAGUGAAAUUACUGGGCAAAUGAGACUUUGCAUCUUAAGUGUCAAGUUGACGAGCGCAAUUGUAUUACCGCUAAGAAUUUUUGUAUUUUUCAAGAAUCCUGCGCGGCACUGCACUGUAAUGCGCAAGGCGUAUCAAUUACUAUUGUGUAUUAAUCAACAGCUGAACGUCCUGCUCGUACCGUCUCUUAUUGUCAUAAAAAAAUCUAUUUAAGGUACUUCAAACAAUUAUAUAUAAUAUACAGAAUAAUUUGGAAAUUCGAAAAAUUACUAUUUUGUUUUGAAGUGAAAAUAGUGAAAAUAUUGUUUGCUAUUUUAUUUGUAUUUUAAUAUAUUUCGGAAGUAAUGCUUUUAUUAUAUUUUAAUUUAUUAUCGUGUGUAAAAUACCGGCAAACCAAUAAAAAAUACUUAAAAUAAUUACUUUAAUAUACGUUAGAGUCGCAUAUAUUUCCAUUUUUGUCAACAAACAAGACUCCAUUUAUUGUUAUUUUUGUU